CCCGGAAAGAAAUAAAGAGUUCUGAAAGAUGUUAUUAUGGAGGAGGAGGAGGUAGUUUUAGAGUUUGAAGCGAUUCUUGGCAACGGAUCCUUCGGCAUUGUGUAUCUGAUUAAGGACAAGGAGAAUCGAAGGUAUGCAGUGAAAAGAAUCAACUUUCAGGGUCAAGAGUCAGAGCGAACACAGGCCUUGAGAGAAGCAGAACUUCUGUCCAAGGUCCGAAACGAAUACAUUCUCAACUACAUUGAAUCAUUUGAAGAUGACGAGUGUCUAAAUAUAGUAACAGAAUACUGUGAUGGGGGUGACCUUGAGGUGUAUCUAAGGAACAGAAAUGGGAAGAGCCUGCCUGAAGUUCGAAUCUGUCACUGGAUUUACCAGAUAGCAUCAGGACUUCAGUACCUUCAUGGACAGAAGAUUCUACACAGAGAUCUGAAAGCCAAGAAUAUUUUCCUGAUGAGUGACCUUUCUCUGAAGCUGGGAGACCUUGGCAUCGCAAAGUUACUUGAGCUGAAUCAAAGUAAAGCAGAGAGUUUUGUCGGGACACCUGCUUACAUGAGCCCAGAAUUAUUCAAACAUUUACCCUAUAACCACAAAUCUGAUAUAUGGAGCUUUGGAUGUUGUUGCUAUGAAAUGGUUGCCUUGCAAAAAGCCUUUGGAAAUGACAGCUUGUUUGCUCUCUGUAAAAAGGUCUGCAGCAAUGAGAGGCCACCAUUUCCGAGUCAGUACAGUGAGAGUCUGAAGUCCAUUGUGUAUUCCAUGUUAGACGAGGAACCAGACUGUAGACCCAGUGCCAAAGACAUUGUUACUAAUGUGUACAUCAAAAAGAGGCUGGCAGAGCCAAUUCAUAAAAGUAACUCUCCAGACAGACAGAAAAGAAAAGAUCAACCCAAGGUGAAGGAGGGACAGAGCAAGACUCACUCAGCCAGGGAGAGAAGGAGGCAAAUGGCUGCUCAGAAAUAUCAGACAAUGUCCCAUGCAUGGCUUGCCAUCAAACGACAGAUAGACACACAUCGCAGAGAAAAUCAGAGAAAAAGUGUCAGUCGAACAAUGGAGAAGAUGAAAAAACUAAAGCUGGGUUCUGUCAAACAGCAGAGUGAUGAUACAGCAUCGAGCACGUGCAGUAACCAUAGUAACAGUGUAAUGGAUGAUGAAGAUGAUCCAAUCAGAUACCUUCUUAGUGAUGAUGAGGAUAGUACACUCAUUAUUGAUAGAGUUCAAAGGACAAAUGUCAGAGUUCACCAAAAUGGAGAUUCAGGGUUACAUAAAUCAACUAUGGGGGAUGAUGUAUUUGAUGUUAAGGAACAUGUUGAGAAAAUGACUGUUGAUCCAGAUAAGGCAGCCAAGUUAAUGGUGCAAGGAAUGAGGGAGCAGUUGACCCCAUUCCAGUAUAAUGGGACGCCGUUUCCUGUUCGACCAAAGGAGGCAAGAACUAAUUCACAGGAAUCUCUGUCUGAUACAAAAGGUACUCAAAAGACCAGAAAAAAGAAAAAGAUUCUUGCCAAAAUAGCAAACGAGAAGAAGAGGAUAGAAAGCAGUGGUAGUGACACAGGGGUAGGGAUGACUUCAGGGGAGACAUCUCCCAUCACACAAAAUGUUAAAGGUGAAAGUUCAGUUAGACUCUUUACAAGAGGUCAACAAGUGACCUUCAACAGAGGUAUUUCCAACAGCAGUGAUGAACGAGAUGAAAACACAGUGAAAGAAAAAUAUGUGCCAUUUGAAAAAAGGAAGACAUCAGAAAGCAUCAAGGGAAUCGUAGCAGACCAUAAGAACAUGGUUGCUCCAUCCAUGAUAGGGAGCAUGGAAACUGAAUCAGUUGUACUAGAAAUCAGCAAAGUUCAAAGUGAGGUAGCUAAUGCUCUUGGCAGAGACAAUCUCCAGAAAUGUUAUGAUGUCAUGGCCAAUGUGCAGGAUGAAGAAAUUGUCAAGGCACUCUUGACUGAAAUUCUUGGUCCUACCAUGUAUAAAAAAUACAGGGAACAACUUUCCUACCUCCGUAUGCUAGAGAUCAGAUCUCAAGCCACGAUUUCAAAGUGAUUUCAUCAGGUUCAGAUAACAGAGGGUCUCCUUAUCUUUCCAGUGUUUAUAAGUAAAAAUUAUUUCCUAACAAGCUAUUUUUUAAAAACUGUUUACACAUGUGCAUGAAUAUUUUCUGAUUAACAUUCUUGCUUAGAAAAAUUAAUUUUUGACUAUUUUUAUAUAAAUUUUAUUGAUAUAUGCUUACCUUGUUACAAUAUUUAGAGAGUUUUCUCUAGCAAAGAUAGUGACAAUCAUCUUAAUGCAUGUACUCUGCACUUGUAUUAAAUCAUUUACCAGUAUUUGUGCAGCUCGAAAUUUAGAUAUGAUUUAUGAAUAUUAUAAAAAUAUAUGAAUUUUCAUAUAUGUAUACUUAGAUUAUGUAUGAUUAUGAAUAAUCUUAAGUAUCCAGACUUGUAGAAGUAAUACUUCAUGAUUAUUUGAUAAACUUUCCAUCAAUUUUAACUAAUUUUUACUCCAUAUUGAAGAACUCCAUAUUAAAUAUUGGUUGUAGACUUUUCUAUAUAACAAGUUACAAUAUAUUUGAAUAUAGUAAAUAUACUUAUUUUAGUGUUCAUCAUUUUUUUGGCACCAUUUAUAUUCCCUUUUAUCAGCCAAAUUAUGAAACUUAUGUACACACUUUUGAUCAAAAUUUAUGAACAUCAAUGAUACUUGCAUGUACCGUAGAUCACUAAAUUUUCUUGACACCUUAUUUUUGUGAGAUACCAGUAGUCAAUGAUUUUUGAUAAGCGAGACAAAAUUUUCAUGAAUUGUGGUUAUUGCUCUAUAUGAUCUGAAAGAGAGGAAUACUGCACGAAACAUUGAGUGGGCUAUAAAUUUAUGUAUCUUUACAGUUUACCUUAAACCAAUUUUGUUUCUUUUACAUAAUUGCUUUACAUGUAAAAUGGUGCAGUUACAUAUAGCAUUGGAAUUGUUUUAAUGAUGAACCAAUAAUUUUAAUGUUGUAUCUGUCAGGAGUACGUGUAUACUAUGUACAUUGUGUUCUAACUCCACAUUUGUUCACCUGUUGUCUUUAAUGUGUUAUAAUCAUGUGAAUUAACAUUUUCAUAUGAGACCUGAAAUUUUUUUUUUUUUUUUUGAAGAUUGAAUUUUUAAGCUUAUGAUUUUUAAAAAAGAAAAUUCUUAUUUUGUGAAAUGUACGUUCCUCAUUUUCAUGCAGUCAUACAUGUAUGCUUU